GGCCUAUUACGGCACUUGUAGAUGUCUGUUUCUAUUCUGCCUAUUUGCUUUUUUAUGUGCUGAUAUUGGUGGAACUCUAAUGUCACUAACUACCAUUUCCCUAAUUUUGUGUGGAAUCUUAUUUUCAGAGAACCGCCUUUACCCCCAUCCAACCUGCAUAACUACAUGGGAGGACAACCUAAAGAAAUGGCCAGAAAUUCGUGCCCCACAAAUAGUUUACUAUCUUCUCAAGACCAAGGCCUGCGACUUGGAGGAGGUCAAGGCGUACAAGAGCCUCGACUCGUACAACUACGUGCAAAGCGGCUGGGUCGGAGCAUUGCUGGUGCAUGAGAUUGACCCGUGCACACUUCUACUGAAAGGAACUGUUCAAGGUUCACAGUCUGUGAACAGGCCCAAUGACGCAUGGAUUUGCGCGAAGAAAGACGGUGAGGUGAUCACUGGUGGGUGCACAUGCAUGGCCGGCAAGGCAAGAGUUUGCAGCCACGUCGGGGCUGUCUUGUGGAAAGUGGACUGUGCGGCAAGUGCUGGUUUUACUGGGCAGGCAUGCACCGAUGCCGCAAUGAACUGGAAUCGGGGGACCAAGAAGAAUGUUAUGCCAGCACCCCUGCACAACAUCAGCUUCCGGCUCCAGAAAGGAACUGCCAGGGCAGUAGAAAGAAGAGGGACUGAAGUUACGGAACCGAAGCAGGUCCAUUCCCUUCGGGACGACCAGGAGCUCCAGCAGUUUCAUGCAGCAGCUCCGUUCAAGAGCCUAUUCUGCAUACCAGGCAAGAACGCUUUUGCAUGAGACCAUCACAGCCUCUAGGCAGCCCCAGGCUCAACCAGUUGCCAAGGUGCCCGACCAGGCCCCAAGC